GGACAAAGCAUUUCCUUUUUUCCCCGUUUUGCAUCAAAUGUGGAGCAAAAAGCCAGACUGUCGUACACACUGAGUGGAGAUUGAAGUGAACCGAGGAGGAUGCUACAGAAACUCACCGCGGGAGACUCUGGACGUUCAUUUUGGAUUUAGCAGCCAAAGUUUGACGUAAUUCUUCCCAGGAUAAUCAAGAAUAGGCUAGAGUGUCAUCGUGGAAGUAUUUCCUGAGGAAAAAUAGAGAUAUCCUCAAUUUGGACUUGGAGGUAAUCUGAGAAAGUCAGGCAAACAUUUAAAGCAAGCUGUGUGCAGUAGCUGACGGUUUUUCAGAUGUCUCUGCUGAUGCCGACAGCGGAUGUCCAAUGAAACACAUUCCCACCCCAAAGGAAAAAAGUAGCAUUUUUCUUUAUUUCUUGUAACUCUGUGGAUUUUUGGGAUAUAUACAUGACUAUAACUUCAAUCGUCGUUCCCCGCUGGGAUUAUUCAACCAACACAACCAUUAGAAUAACGGGAUUUUUAAACUGUAGUCUGGGAAUAACAACUCUUCGACGUUUCUGGAUAUGGACGGACACCAAGGAGACAAAUUAAAAGAGCCAAUCUAAUAAAUAGGAUUAAGACUUUAUCAUAAACAUGUUAUUUGGGUGAAGUCGUCGGAAACUCGUAAGGGAAGCCCCAAUGAGUGGCACACAGUCAACACUCACUGACAGGACCCCAAGCAUUCUCAACAAGGACCCCACUGACAAGAAACCCAAGAAUGAGAAAUCCUCCGUCUCCCUCAAACAUGAGUUUGACCCAACAGGUCUUGUCCAGCGGUGUGUGAUAAUCCAGAGAGAUGAAAAUGGCUUUGGGCUGACUGUAAGUGGAGACAACCCUGUGUUUGUGCAGCUGGUGAAAGAAGAUGGAGCUGCAAUGCGAGCUGGUGUUCAGACAGGAGACCGGAUCAUUAAGGUUAAUGGGACCUUAGUUACACAUUCAAACCACAUAGAGGUUGUAAAGCUGAUAAAAUCGGGUUCCUAUGUAGCCCUGACAGUGUUGGGGAGGCCUCCAGGGCUUCCUAAUAUCCCCCUGGAGGAGGACGAGGAGGAAAAGAAGGAGGAAGGGGCAGAGGUCAACCCACCCUCUUCUCUCUCAGCGCCCCACUCACCUGCACUGCAACGUGGGGAGCACGUCACCUCCUCUCUGCCUGAUGGGGAUGAGCACAAAACCAUGCACAGCCAAAAGGCCGACAUCUUGCAGAAGAUGCUAACCAAGGAGCAACAGGACCUACAGGCAAAAGAGGAGGAGUACAGCAGAAACCCUUGGCCUAAACUACUGAAGGAACUCCAGGAAGCCAAGAAGCACAUUUCAUUGCUGCAGGAGCGGCUCAGCAAAGCAGCAACAGCAGCAUUACAGGAUGGAGUCACAGGGUCCAGGAAUAGUGAGGCUAAGGAGGGGGACUGUGGGCCUCCCCUGAGGGAACAGACCCAGUCCUUACCGGGUUACGGCCCUAACGACGGGCCCUCGACCAACAAUAACUCUACGCACAGCAGCCCCCUCACAGAGGGUCCUAGCAAAAAAGAGACGCCCUGUCAGAGCCCGGACAUCAGCCGCCGAGGUGGCCUCAACUUCUGCAAAUCGCCUGACACUGAGGACACCCCUGACACAGACUCCAGUGCUCAGUGCAUUGUGGGUAGCUCUCCCUACCUCCUCAACCCCCAGAUCAUCGGAGCAGAAGAUGACUACUUUGACUCUCAGCAAGAGCAGAUUAAUGGACUGUGUAGCUGUUUCCAGAGUAUAGACUCGCUGAAGUCUCGGCCGGCUCACCUCGCAGUCUUCCUCCAUCAUGUUGUCUCGCAGUUUGACCCGGCACCUUUGCUCUGCUAUCUCUACGCUGACAUGCACAAGCAAACCAGCUCCAAAGAAAGCCGACGCUUCUUCAUUGAGUUCCACGCACUCUUUAUGGAUCGAACAGCAAAUCUUAAAGUACCCGUGCCAGAGGCAGUUGCAGCUGAAGUGGAGAAGCGAAGGCUGGAGUUGAUACCUGAGGAGCUCUGCAAACAGUACACCCAGGGGUUACAAGACACACUCCUACCAGAUCUGCACAAGAACCUGGAGGACUUCAGACAGAAGCGCAGCAUGGGUCUGACUCUGGCUGAAGACGAGCUGUCCAAGCUGGACUCAGAGGGAGGAAAAGACCAACAGGCGUUGGAGAAGGAUUGCUCCUGUGCGGAACACAUCCUCGCAAAGAUAGAUGAUAUCCUGUUGACGUCACAGCCCACAGAAGAGGAGAAGUGCCAAACAAUGCAGUAUGUGAUUCUUACCUAUAUGAAGCACCUUGGGGUGAAAGUGAAGGAGCCUCGAGGCCUCGAACAUAAACGAGCACGCAUCAAUUUCCUGCCUAAGAUUAAGAAGAGUAUGAAGCCGGAGAAGGAGGGUGAGGAGAAGGUGAAAAAGCCUCGGUUUCCCAAUAUCCUUGGCCCGCCUCGGCGUCUGAGCAGAGUGGACUCUACUUCAGUCGGUAAGGCCGUGGAGCUGAACAAGCAGCGGUCACCAAAGCUACUCUCUCAGCCAGCCCUCGGCAUCCCUGAGCAGUCUGACUCAAAUUCUGGACGGAUCCGUGGAAAUCAGCUCAGUGAGGGAUCGGAUGCCAGCACACAAUCUUUGUCCUCCAGCACCACCUCCCCUACACACAGCUCGCCCACCGGUCAGGCCUCAGAUACUAGUGGACAUGACUCAGACUCCAAUGUGUCUCCAUUCUGCAUCCCGCCAAGACUGGGCGAGGGUCUGCAGCAUGGCGACCACCACGAUGGCGUCUCCAGUCCAACCAGUACUCAGUUUGACUUCAGCCCCUCCAACCUGGAGCAGUUACAGGAGGAAGACCAGGAAAAUUUCAGUAGGAUGGAGGUGCAGUGUCCGGUGAGUUCAGCCGACAUCCAGAGUGAAGACGACCAGGGAGGUGAGAUGGAGUGUGAAGAAAACCCUCUGAACUGGCAGAGUCUGGUCAGUCGAGGCGUCCUGGCGAGCCUAACCCCACAGGAGAUCAAACGGCAGGAAGUCAUCAACGAGCUGUUCUACACUGAACGUGCACACUUGCGGAUGCUGAAAGUGUUGGACUGUGUUUUCCAGCAGAGGUUGAACAGAGACAGUAUCCUCCCCCCAGAAGACAUCAAACACAUCUUUAUAAACCUGGAGGAAAUCAUUCAGCUGCAUGUUUCUGUAACAGAGCAGAUGACAGCGAUCAGGAAGAGGAGUGAGACGUCGGUGAUCGGUCAGAUUGCAGAUGAUCUCCUUGCGUGGUUCAGUGGGGAGGAGGAGGAGAAAAUCAAACGAGCAGUGGGAACGUUCUGUAGCAACCAGCCGUCUGCACUGGAGCUCAUCAAGAGCAGGCAGAAGAAAGACCAGCGUUUCACUUUAUUCAUGCAGGAAGCUGAGAGCAACCGUCUGUGUCGCAGGCUGCAGCUGAAAGACAUCAUUCCUGUAGAAAUGCAGAGAGUCACCAAGUACCCACUCCUACUGGACAAUAUUGCCAAGUACACAGGAGAUGGGGAAGAGAGGGAAAAGGUAAAGAAAGCUGCCGAAUGUUGCAAAAAGAUCCUCAACCACGUCAACCAGGCUGUCAAAGAGGCUGAGAACAAACAGAGGCUUGAGGAGUAUCAGAGAAGGUUAGACCUCUCAUCACUCAAACAGAAUGAAAACCCCAUGAUCCUGGAGCUGAGGAAUCUGGACCUGACCAAGAGGAAGAUGGUGCACGAAGGACCUCUCUCCUGGAAAGUUAAUAAAGACAAGACAAUUGAGCUGUACACAAUCCUCCUCGAGGACAUCCUGGUUUUACUACAGAAACAGGACGAGCGUCUGGUUCUCAAAUUCCACGGCAAGAAUCCGGCCAGCGUUGCUGACACCAAACAUAUCUUCAGCCCCAUUAUCAAGCUCAACACUGUCUUGGUUCGUCCAGUGGCAACUGACAACAAGUCUUUCUUCGUCCUAUCCAUGUCUGAAAACGGGGCUCAGAUCUACGAGCUGAUGGCUCAGACGGUGUCCGAUCAGAGAACGUGGCAGUGUCUCAUCACACAAUGUGCCGACACCAUGAAGGCCAAACCUCACAGCAGAGACAACGCACCUCCGACUCAGUCUGAUUCUGAGCGGGACGCUAUUGAGAUCAUCAAACAUGGGAUGCCCAAGGCGAGCAAAGAUCCUAACGACACAUCAAGUGGAAGCAUCCAUUCUUCAGAUAAAGAUGGCGCCUCUUCUCCAGACAUUCAUGCUCCACCGAGUAUGAACCCGUUUGAUGGCAUGAAAUCAGAAGACGAGGAAGAGGAGAUGGUAGUGGCAGACAGACAGGAGGGAGUGGAGGAUGAUGAAGAGGUGGAUGAAGCAGAACUCGAGGCUUUCCUGGACGGGCAACUGGCAGAUGGACUGCCCUUCCUGGAGGAUGGGUCCCAUCAGGGCAUCGCCGUUAAUAACCAAGAGCAGAACACGUUCAGCCUACCGUGCUCCAAAGGCGAAGAUGCCCUCAGGACAUUGGCGAUGCUGAAGCAGGCUCUUUUCAACCACAUGAUAAGCAGAGAGGCAGAGGAUGAGAAAGAGGAGACAGGGGAGAGCAAGCAGAGUGGGGCCCUUGGGUGUCAGCUGAGUGCCUCUUUGCCUGGAAGCCCAGAGGGCCCCUCUGAGAGCCGAGCAACUGCAAGCUCGCAGAAAGAAAACUCCCAGCUCCCUUCAGGACACACAGAGCUGUCUGAGACGACUGAACGCAACGGGGGUUUUGUGAUUCUUGAUUUCGGUGGGGGCUCCGAGGAGAGCAGCACUGAUGAUGAUGGGGGAGUGGGGGGUGACGUGGGGAUAGACAUGAGGAAACUGCUGUCCUCCUCCUCGCAGGCAGGGGGCGGCUGCGGACCCAACCUCAGCAGGCAGCUUAUGACCCACCUGCGACUUCUUCAGGCCGACCUGCAGUAUCUGAAGGAGGUGGAGAUGAAGUACAACGAGCUGCGACAAACGCACAGUGACACAACUACUGACUCCGAUGACAACAAUGAUGGGAUUCAGGGAUGAAAGACUUCCUUCUCUCUCGGUCGUACGAGUUUCAUGCCACUCCUUGAUUACUUUCUCCCGGAAUAAUCUUUGACUAUUUAACACUGGCGUCUCCAAAAAUAAUGGAGGCUUAAUGACUGAUCUCCCACUUCAGGCAUGUAUCAGUGGAAGACAUUAUCCACAUUAUUAGGAAUGUUCCACUACAAACUCAAAAUCCUUCUGAGAAGAGACUCUGUGGAAUUACCUGAGGACAGUUCAGUUGCUUUUUUUUUUUGCUAUAACAAUAAUAAUAAUAAUCAACAAUAAAUUAUCUCUGGAUAGACACUGGAGAUAUGAAAUGGAUAAAGGGUCAGCAUCAAGUGUGUGAUGUCACACACAUGUACAGCAUGAAGACAAGAAUAAUUCUCUGAGGACCAAGAAGGUAGAUUGUCUUGUUCAGGACUCACUACUGUAAACUUGAUAUAACAUCCUGCAAUAAGAAACAAGAGACAACCACUAAGGUACAUUUUCAGUCCAGCACACCACAACGGUUGAACAUGCUUAAAGAUGGACUUCCUUAGUUUGUAACAUGGCUGAAAAACUGUUAAAACUCACAUCAUGAAGCUAACUUUUUGUGCAGCACCAUUACAUGAAAAGUUAAGUCAAAGACGCAAAAUUCUUAUCAUUAGUGACGCUGCUUUGCAAAAGCCUAUAAGCAUUGAGAUUCUCCUGCUUAGCAUAGCCCUGAUCCAUCCAAACUCUAUUUAAAAAAAAAAACAUUUAUUUUUACACAUCUGCAUCACGUGAUAGUUAUUUUGGCAUCCUUUUGAUUCAUUUAUUGCAAUAAAAUCACAGCAAAAUCUACACCUCAAGUAGCUCUGGAAGCGGCAGUUCCUGGACAAGGCAGUGAAAUUCACCGAGCUGUCGGCGCCGCUGGAUGAUGUCAUGAACCCAGACACGAUGGGGUUUGGUUUUCUAAAGUAUCUGGAACUUCCACAAUGGGUACAAAUCUGCGACCGAUGGAAAUGUUGAUGCGAGUGAUGCAAAUAAACACAAAUGAUUCCAAUAUAAUCCCACGGUCGGCAAAAAUGGUUGGUGUGAACAGAGCAUAAAACUGGAAUUGAUGUGAAACAGCUAGCCUGACUCAUAUACUAAUUAACAUGUUGAAUCUUGUUUGUUUCAUCGAUACACAAACGGAAAUGUAAAAAAUGACAGAUUAAAGUUUUAAGGGGAUUCACUUUCAAUGUCUUUGAUGAAUCCUCAAAUGGCAACCCAUGCUCUACUUCCAAGCUGUUAAUCCCACUAAAAAAAUGCUUUUAUAUUUACGUUUCUGUAUGUAUUACUGUAAAUUUGUGAGCUUUAGAGAUGUUUGUAGGUGUAUUUUCUUUAACUUUGAACAAAGGCUAACUGUUUCCCGCUACUUCUAGUACUUGUGCUGAACUGGGCUAACCAUGCCCUGAAUCCAGCUGUGUACUCGACGCAAAGACAUGAUUGUGAUAUCAUCUUCCCAUCUUGGUCUCGGAGAAAAAGAAAAAGAAUUAAGUAUUCCUUCAAGCAUUUGAAUUAUACCAUUUUAAAAUGGUUAUAAGAGGCUUGUGCAUGUUAAAUCUAAUUUCUUGUCCAGGGUGAUAAACUGAACAUCAUUUAUUUGGGGACUGGCUGCAAAUUUCAACUGAAAAAUUUUAAACAUUUGCAAAGCCUUUCACAUUUCCAAUACUGUUUGUUUACUGGUUGACUUUUGGUUUGAAUGAAUAGUAUACACCUGAGAUGUUGUGCAGCAACUGACUUUUAAAUCCCAGAUUUGAAAUGUCUUCUAGCACUUGAAUGUAGCGUAAUAUAGCAAACAAGGAUGAACAGACAGAUGGAGGUAGGAACAGAACCUCUAACCUUUGUGUUUUAAAGAAUCUGUUGUUCAAAUGACGUUUAGCACCAUGCAGUAAGGGAUCAGAUUGGGUAAAUACUUCUUUAUGUCCUAUUUGUUUUAUCAGGGGUGCUUACUAACAAUUGCACAUAGAAAUACAAUGUAAUCUUUAAAUCCUGAGCUGGUAGAAAUGGAGCUUUAAAAGAAUUGUUUUGUGUAACUGCUGGUGUUUUUCCUGUAGCACAAUAUAAUAGAUAGUACAAGCUUUCAGAAUGUAAAUUUAUUGAAUUGAACUUUAUUGUAGGAUUCAUUUUGUAUUCCAGAUCUUUUUUGUUGUGUGUCACCAAACACUUUAAACUACCCCUGAUGUAUUCUGGGGAGUUUUUUCUCCAGGAUCAUUUCUGCAACAGGCUACCCAUAAAAGCCUGUUAUCCCCUUUAGGCACAACGAUUCAUUCAUCACACGCCUGCACUUGUCUUUAAUGGUUGGACUGAAAAGACUUAAAUAUUCUCUGGCCACAAGACUGCACACAUGACAUUAUGGCUAUGAUCUUUAGUCUAAUAUACGAAAAAGGAAAAAAAAAGAAAAUAUAUAGACAAAAAGAGAUUGUUAUGGACUGUUUUAAAUGUAAAGGAAUAUACUGUACAAUUUUGACUGUAUAUCAAUGGUUUUGUGGGUUUUUUUUGUACACCAUUUAAUCAUGUUUUAACACAAACUACUUAAAAAGAGGGUAAUGCUUUAAUGUGUUUUAUAAAUGUUCUAUUCAAAAUGUUCUAGUUUAUUACAUUGCUAUUAAACCUGUUAUAACAAUUUUGUUGAGAACACAAAUGGCUCUUUUGAUCAAGGAGGUUUAAAGCUGAUAUUUGGUUAAAUAAAAGAGAAAGAAAACUUGUCAUUUUAUAUUUAGUUGGUCUUUUGUGGGAAGUGGCGUUUCAUGGCAUUAUCUAAAACAAGUUUCUGGACUCCAUCUGUAGCUGGGACAUGAGCAGCAUUAAAGGAACAAUCCACUCAGAAUUUAACCAUAAACAAGGGAUCUGCAGGUUUU